AUGGAAGAAAGAAAUGGUUUAUAUGAGAAGAUCAAGGGCCUUGAAGUUGAGCUAGAGACUCUACAGAAACAGAGAAGUGAGCUUGAAGAAGAGCUGGGAACUAAAACAGAAGAGAACGUUCAAAUGCGCGAUAAGAUCAACGAAGCAUCCGCUGAAACAAUGGCCUUAACAGAACAGAUCAACAAUCUGCAGCAUGAACUUGAUUCUCUAAAAGUGCAGAAGAGCGAAACCGAAGCAGAGCUUCAUAGAGUGAAGCAAGAAAAAUCAGAACUGUCGAACCAAAUCAUCGAUGUUCAGAGAGCAUUAGUAGAGCAAGAAGCUGCUUACAACACACUGAAAGAGGAACACAAACAGAUGAACGAAACGUUCAAAGAACGUGAGGCAACACUCGAUAAGCUAACCGAUGAUCACAAAGAAGCCCAUAGAUUGUUGGAGGAGACAAGUAAGGAUGUAACUUCCAGAGAUUCGGCAAUCGGUAAUCUUGAAGAGACGAUGGAGAGUUUACGUAACGAGCUGGAAAUGAAAGGAGACGAGAUCGAAACUCUCAUGGAGAAGAUCAGUAACAUUGAGGUUAAGCUACGAUUAUCGAACCAGAAACUCAGAGUAACCGAACAGGUACUAACGGAGAAAGAAGAAGCUUUCAGGAAAGAGGAAGCUAAACACUUAGAAGAACAAGCAUUGCUUGAGAAAACUCUCACGGUAACACACGAGAGUUAUCGAGGCAUGAUCAAAGAGAUAGGAGAGAAAAAUUUCAGAAGCUUCAAAACAAAAUUGGAUACUGAAAUGCAACAAUUAACUGUUCAAACCGGUCUAAACCAAUAA